AAAAAAAUCCCGAGUAACAGAGAAAUUGAGCUUGAAGCUGAGACAAGCCAUGUCUUCAACUCCCACAUCUCACCUCACCCUCUCCCAGAAGCAUAAUUAUUAAUAUAUUACCCAAUUUUUUAUUCGCAGUUUUUCUUAAAGUUUUCCAUCUUCUCCUUCCAAUAAUCCAAAUUUUUUUCCCCACUUUCCCCAAAAUUCCUUCGCGUAUCUCAAUUCCAAUUCUCAUUUCGGGUAUCAAUUUUCUCACCUUUUUUUCCCCAAUCCUGUGUAAGCAAACCACGUUGAUUUCUGUUUUUUCUUUUCUCUCUUUCUGGGUAUAUAUUCUCUUGUUCAAAGAAUCGUUCUUCUUGGGUUUAUCCUUUUUUUUUUUCGGCUGAGAGAUGAUGAAUCCGGGUCACGGGAGAGGACCCGGAUCGAGUGGUGGGUCGAGCUCCGGGAAAAUUGCGGCCGAAGUUGUCUCCGACCAGUUUCCGGCGGGUCUCAGAGUUCUUGUCGUCGACGAUGACCCAACUUGUCUCAUGAUCUUGGAGAGGAUGCUCAGGAAUUGUCUCUACGAGGUAACGAAAUGCAACAGAGCAGAGAUUGCAUUGUCACUGCUGAGGCAGAACAAGAAUGGAUUCGAUAUCGUCAUCAGCGAUGUUCAUAUGCCGGACAUGGAUGGCUUCAAGCUCCUCGAGCACGUCGGUCUCGAGAUGGACUUACCCGUUAUCAUGAUGUCUGCUGACGAUUCGAAGAACGUUGUCCUGAAGGGAGUAACUCACGGUGCGGUGGAUUACCUGAUCAAGCCGGUACGUAUCGAGGCACUGAAGAAUAUAUGGCAGCAUGUUGUGAGGAAGAGGAGGUACGAGUUGAACCUUCCGGAACAUUCUGGAAGCAUCGAAGAGACAGGAGACAGGCCACAACAGCAGCAGAUGCCUGUCACUGGAGGAGAGGACACCGACAAUAACUCGUCUUCUGUCAGAGAAGGAAGCUGGAGGAACUCACGAAAGCGUAAGGACGAAGAGGCAGAGGAACAAUGCGAGGAUAAGGAUGAUACGUCCUCUCUAAAGAAGCCUCGUGUCGUCUGGUCAGUUGAAUUACACCAGCAGUUCGUUGCUGCGGUGAAUCAGCUCGGAGUUGACAAAGCGGUUCCUAAAAAGAUCUUGGAGCUGAUGAACGUACCCGGGCUAACUCGAGAAAAUGUAGCCAGUCAUCUCCAGAAGUAUCGGAUAUAUCUCAGAAGGCUCGGAGGGGUAUCGCAGCAUCAAGGAAAUCUGAACAACUCGUUUAUGACUGCUCAGGAUGCGGGCUUUGGUCCACUGUCUACGUUGAAUGGGUUUGAUCUUCAAGCUCUAGCUGUUGCAGGUCAGCUCCCUGCUCAGAGUCUUGCUCAGCUCCAAGCUGCUGGACUUGCACGGCCUGCUGUUGUCUCUAAGCCCGGGAUUUCGGUCUCUCCCCUUGUUGAUCAGAGGAACAUCUUCAAUUUCGAGAACGCUAAAAUGAGAUUCGGAGAUGGGCACCGCCAUCCGCAACCGCAACCGCAACCGCAAUCACUGGUGAAUAAGCAGAUGAACUUGCUUCACGGCGUUCCGACGGGUAUGGAGCCCAAACAACUUGUGGGUUUGCAGUCUAUGGGCGGACGGGUGAGUGUUCAGCAGAUCGCUGCCUUGCGUUCGGGACAAAACGUUCAGACCAGCACGAUGCUGAUGCCCACAACGGGCCAACAGCCACGAGGGCCCCCAAUGCUGCCAUCGUCUUCUUCCCUCGGGAAUCAGCAAAUGAUGCCAAACAGCGUUUCCGGGAGAAGCAGUCUCUCUGAAACGGGUUCCAGGAGGAACAGCAUGGGCGUCCCUGAGAGCAGCCAGGGUUUACCCUCAGCUUACAACAUCAUGACACAACAUACGGGAACCUCGGGUUUCGGAAACUUCCCGCCCGAACUCACUGGAAACAGAUUCCCGCUCGCCAGCACUCCUGGAAUAACCAUUCCAGUGUCGAGAACCGCAUCUUACCAGGAAGAGGUGAACAGCUCUGACACGAGAGGGACGUCAGCCGCCACGACCACGACCACAGCCACGGGGUUCAACCCGAGCUACGACCUGUUCAGCGAACUUCAGCAGAACAGCAAACAGGGUGAUUGGGAUCUGCGGAACAUCGGAAUGGCUUUUGACACACAUCAGGAGGCAGUGUUCACGCCCUUUUCCGUUUCAUCGGAAGGGUAUUCUUCGACUUCGAUGCAGAGAAACGGGCAGAACGCAAAUGCGGCGGCGGCGGCGGCUGGGAUGGAAGGGAGGGGGGCCGGGUUCAUGCCGGGAGAAGGGAAGGAUAGCGGUCGGAAUCAGGGACAGAAUAAUAUGAACCAGGUUUAUGGGGACAGUGGAUCGGUGAGGGUGAAGUCGGAGAUGUUCCAAGAUCAGUAUAACCAGGAAGAUCUCAUGAGCGCUCUCCUCAAACAGGAAGGCAUUGCAGCGGCGGCGGAUAACGAAUUCGACUUCGAUGGCUAUUCGAUCGAUAACAUUCCCGUGUGACUGGCGAUGAUCGCUCUGUAAUAUUCUUUCUUCCUUUGAAUGGUUGGAUAGAAGAUUUUAUUUAAAGAUAGCUCCAGGUAUUAGAACGGUUUUGUAUUAUUAUUAUUAUUAUUGUUAGAUAAUGAUGAUGAUGAUGAUGAUGAUGAUGAUGAUGAACUGCUGAAGAGCUCAACGUCGUAUAUAUGAUCUGCAUGAGAAUCUGCAUGCAGAGAUUAUCGGAGAAAGAAAGAAAAGGGUGUCAGGAGUUACGUGAAAUCUGCAGAUAUUAUUAUUAUUAUUUUUUUCAUGGGGACCUUUAGGGUUUUGAUCUUCUAACAGCUGUUUUUUUUUAAUAAUUACGAGAUUUGUGUAAAUACUUUUGCUAUUUGUAUUUUCUUGUUAUGUUUAUUACUCGAAAGUCUUCUAAAACUCAAAAGCCCUGAGGUUCUUAUUUCGACUUGGGGAUUUUAUUGUUCGGUU